ACCUUAUCAAAAGACUUCAGAGUGCGUGUGGACAGGACCAUGCCACGACAUGGAGGGAUCAAGACCACCCAGAUGAAGGACACUGCCCAAGAUUAGCAGAAAGAUGUUGUAGUAGCUUAGGGUAUAAAUUUAAAUGCCAGCCCACCGUUCAGGGUUCCUCUCUGCUGUCAGCUUGCUGGGACACCAGAUUGCUGGUUGGAAGGUCACAGCUCCUGGGACCCUCAGAACGUCUGGGUGAGCUACAGGUCUACACAAUGACAGGUGAACAUCACUGUAAGGAAAGAGCAGCUUGGUUGGUGGGAAAGACUGACUACGCAAGAGCGCAAACCGGGUUUGUCAACCUGAAAAAAAGGAUUUUUGUGUAUAUAUAUGGUGCAGUUCCUUGGCUUUUCAUGGAUCUUUACCAACAUGACUACAUUUCCUUUGCUUCGGACAAGAUUUUGGCAGCAGUUGAAGUCCUUAAUGCUGCUCUUGGUGUUGUCAGAACAGGAGUCAUUCAAAUAUGUCUACAGGUGGUUGGAAGAAAUUCUAUACGCUUUAUAAUUUUUGGUAUCUUGGAGGAAAUGCAUAAGAAACCAGUUGUGUUCUUUGUUUUCUAUCUUUGGAGCAUCAUUGAAAUUUUUAGGUAUCCAUUUUACAUGCUGGGCUGUUAUAAUACUGAAUGGAAAACCCUCACAUGGUUGUGGUCCACUGUCUAGAUUUCACUGUACCCACUAACUGCUAUAGCUGAAGCUGUUGCUGUGAUACAGUCCACUCCCCUCUUUGACAAGACAAAACUCUUCAGCAUUCCUCUGCCAAAAAACAUUAGCAUUUCAAUUAGCUUCUUAUGUCCUGCAUAUCUACCUUGUUCUCAUGUUUCUGGGUGAGUCUCCACAACAACAGAAGGCAUUUAUUCAGUGUCUAACCUAAAACAGCAAAAACACUAUGCUUGAUGUAAUUUCAGAUUUGUAAUCUAUCCUGCAACCCUCAGGGAGAACUGGUGAAAUUUAAUAACCCACAGAAGAUUUUGAUCCCUUACGCUCAGAUACCUUGAAAGGAAGACAACUUACGGUGGUAUAUC